AUGUAAAAAAUCACGGCACAAAAUCCACCUACAGACAAGUGCUUUUGGCCUUUCCCUCCACUUUGAAAUCCACUCAAUACCCUCGGGCAUCAACGCUCUCCCGGCUCUCACCCUCGCUAUUUUCGUCUCCCCUUUUCGUUGUCGGAGGAUGAUAAGCACUACUAUCAGAGGACGUUAUGAAGGCGGCGUAAGGGAGGCCGUUACCACCGUCACUGUUCACGGCGGCGCCGUUAAGUUAAAUGGUAACGUGACUGAGGCCACCUUCGUCAAUGGCUCCUCCUUAGAAGGUCUUUCUUUCUCCCUAGAAAAACCUGGCUCUUUCCUUAUCGACUUUGACGUCCCCAAACAGGAUGUGCGUUUCCAAUUUAUGAAUAAGAUGAGGGUAAUGGAGAAGCCUUUGAACUUUACCUAUACUCAUUGGAGGGGAGACAACAGAACGGUAGUGGAUGGGACACUGGCGAUUGACUCAUCUAACAAGUUAUCAGCCAAUUAUGGGUUUGAUUCUGGUAACUGCAAGUUAGGGUAUAGUUAUGUGCACAAAGGCUUGACUACCUUCGAGCCAAGCUAUGAUUUUGCCAAAAAUUCGUGGGAUGUUUCUUUGUCACAGCGGGUGGACGAGGACAAUGUGGUCAAGGCUUCAUAUCAAAGUGCAAGCAAGGUUUUGGGGCUGGAAUGGUGUAAGAAUCCAAGUUCAAGUGGAGGAUUUAAGAUCUCUGCGUCUGUGAAUUUGGCAGAAGAAUCAAAGUUUCCAACAUUAAGUGUUGAUAGUAGGUUGCAUGUUGAACUGUAGCUUGAUGAUAUGACUCUCGAGAUUUAUACUUCAGGUGCAGCAUAUGGCCAGCUUUGUGACACACAUUUACAUUUGAAUACGCCUCUUCACAAAUGACACAGCACCUCUCUUUUGAGCAUAUUGUUACAUGUUUUAUGAACUUAGGUGGGGAAA